AUGACGCAAUUAACAAUGCCUCUAUUUGAGGUAUCACAUAAUGUCAGAGAGUCGGAAUCCUCUAGUCGAAAGAGAAAUCACGAUGAGUUCUCUGCUGAAGCAGGCAAAGUUGAUUCGGCGGAAGAUGUUAAGAACGUCCCGCCGGUGAGCAUACAAGAGCCUGAAGAUGACUCAUCCCAAUGUUUAUCCUCUCCUCUAUCCUCUCCAGCUCUAUCAGACGUUCCAGGCGACGACACGCUAUUAGCAAACGACCUAAUAUCACUGUCAACAUCGUCAGAAUCUACAAAACAAGAGACAACAGCAUCAUCCGCGCUGCAAUCCAGCUCAAGAUCUGCUACAAAUGCCAAUCCACCACCGAAACGGAAGCGUCUGACUCCAGCAGAAAAAGAAGCCCGGGAUAAGGAGCUUGCUGGGAAGAAGAAGGAGCGCGAGGAGAAAGCAGUAGCUCAAGCGGCCGAAAAAGCUGCUGACAAGGCCAAGAAAGAUGAAGAAAAAGCCAAAAAAGAUGAGGAAAAGGCUGCCGACAAGGCGAAAAAGGAUGAAGAAAAAGCUAAGAAGGAAGAAGAAAAGGCGACACGAGCAAAAGAAAAGGAGGAAAAACGAAAAUUGAAAGAAGAAGAGGAUCGUAUCAAGGCUGACAAGAAGCGAAAGAAGGAAGAGGAGCUGCAGCGCAUUCAGGAGGAAAAGGACCGAAAGGCCAGAAGUCAAAAGACGCUGGGGAGCUUCUUCAAGAUCCCCAGUACCCCUAAGAAAGCCGAAGCAGAUGAUGCGGCCAAAGAUUAUAGCCCCGCCAAGGUCAAUUCAUCGGCGGCAGAGGAAAAACAAACAAUCUCGGAAUACUCAAAGAUGUUCAAACCGUUCUUCGUCAAAGCAAACGCCCGAUUAGCACCCAUUGUAUCACAAAUUGAUAAGACGAUUCAAGAAGCGAAGUCAAAGGCCUUGGACGACUAUAUCGCGAACCAGCAAAAGGAUAACAGUGCUCCUCUCCAAUUCGAUCCUCUGGACGUCUUUUCCUUGUCGAAUCUUCCCCCACCUCGCGGCAAACUGCAUCAGCCGGUUAGGCACAUAAUGGAGACGGCAUAUAAGGCUGCACAAAACUCAGAAAAGAACGGCAGUGCAGAUGCUAGCAAUAUUUUCACGGAAGUCCGAACAGGACUGAGCAAAAUUCCUAUGAAAGUAAUUGCUUUCUCGCAGGACGUGCGCCCGCCUUACUACGGUACAGUAACAUUCAAAUCGUUUGCCCUCGGCAAAGGAAACAUGUAUAAGCUGGCGAGAAGAUCCAUGGCCCGUCGACUGCCUUUGGACUAUGAGUAUGACUCGGAAGCCGAAUGGCAAGAUGAGGAAGAAGGCGAAGAUCUCGACAUGGAGGACGAGGAAGAGGAGCUGGAUGAUGAGGACGAUAUGGACGGCUUUCUUGACGAUUCUGAGGAUGCUGGUGUCUCCAGAAGAAUAUUUGCGGAUACUCUGCAGCCCGAAAUCGUAGGCCCUUAUUUUGAGGACCAGAAUCGAAAGGGCUCUGCCUUGGCGUUACAUGAUAAGAAGAUGGAGUUCAUCCAUGAAGGAUUUGACAUGCAAUGGGACAUUGACCCCUUUUCAAGCAAGUACUGGGAGCCAGAGCCUGUUACCAAGGCUGCCAAGGGCAAGGCCCCAAAGACUAUCAAAUCUGAAAACGAUGCCAAAGCUCUUCCACCGGUCCCGACAAACGCCUUCGCCGCGCUGGGUGGUGCAGGUGGUGCGAACUCAGCCCCGGGCAAAUUGGUCAAACCUGAGCUUUUGAACGGCGUCAAGCAGGCCAUUUUAGACAACAAAGCUCUUUCAAAGGUCGGCAUUGUUGAUUUCAUCUUCCAUCAAUUUAGAGAUAGCGCCUCUCGGUUAGAAGUGAAAAACACCAUUGAGCAUGUUGCGGAAAAGAAAGGAGCCGGUCGAAUCAAGGAGUGGGAGCUGAAACCCGGCCAUGAAAUCACUCUAUGA